AUGCAUUGUCCCAAUUCAGUACAAGGGACAAAAGCGCCAUCUCCUGUUUAUCGUAGUAGAUCAGAGACCACGCCUACCCUUGGUUCGGCUACUUCAGAGCGACUCAACCUAGUCAAGCGAGUAACUGACUCCAAUGUCAAGGAGUCAUAUAUGUCUAACCUCAUUUCUGAUGAAUUUUGUGAUUGCUUUGGAGAGAUUGGUACACUAAAGUCCACAUACCACAUAACAUUGAAAGAUGAUGUUCAUCCAGUGGUAGUACACCUACGAAGAGUACCGUUUCCUCUCAAAGAUCGACUGAAGAAGGAAUUGGGCCGCAUGGAAAACAUGGAAUAA